GGCAGGAAGAAAGAGCUGCUGUGUUGAGGCCGAAAACUCGGGCACAAUCUGGAAGGGGGGAUGACAACAAAAUACCACCGUGGAACAUUAAAUGUACGUACAGUCAACAAGAGACGUCAGAGAUUUUUUUUUUUUUUUUUGGUGAACAUGAUGUUCGUCAUGCUUUUUUUUUUUUUUUUUUUUUUUUUGCCAGCUCCGGCUAUGCCCGUGACUACGCUAGUGUCGCUGUAAUCAAGUCCAGCCACGCUGAACUGGCACUGAAUGUGCAGUCUUGAGAUUUCAAUCUUUCCAUGGAGGACACAUAGCUGCUCCGCUGUGCUGUGACAGCAUCCCGGGGGGAGAGAGAGAAAGGAGAAACAAACAAACAAAAAAAAAAAAACUCUUCCACGGCAAGAAGUGUGAUGAGGGAAACAUAGAUCUUCGCUGAGGCAGCAGCAGAAGCAGCGUGGGCUUUUUUUUUUUUUUUUUUUUUUUUUUUUUAAUUAAAAAAAAAAUAUAUCAUCGAAGGCUGUCUUUUGAUUCGACGGCUCUCCGCAUCAGUGCCAUGAAUCAUCCUGGGCAACAGCUGCUACCCACAUAGAGGUCACCCCACCUCACUUUCCAUUCGAUUCGGUCCAGAGGAUGCUGGGAAUGUGUCGCGGACGCAGGAAGUUCCUGGCGGCCUCCCUCGCCUUGCUCUUCAUCCCAGCGCUCACUUGGCUUUACCUGUCAGUCGGCACCUUUCAAGUGAAGCCCCUUCCCCUGUCACCGUUGGAAACCCAGUCGUCCACGCCGGCCGGAGGAUUGGGUGAGCGGCAAGCGUUGGAGUCGCGGGUACGGGCAGUGGAGGAGGAAAACCGGGCGCUGCGCCGCGAGCUCAGCCGUCCGCCCAGGAGCCCGUCGUCACGGCUUCCGUACGCUGGUCACCGUGGCAACCAAAGCAGAGCCCAUUCAGAGGAGGGCACCGGUGAUAAUGAGGGCCAGAAAGCUGCUGCACUAGGAAACAGCUCAGACUGUGUCCAGCAGCCAGUGGUGGAUAAGUGUGAGACUAUCCAUGUUGCCAUCGUGUGCGCAGGUUACAACGCCAGCCGAGAUGUGGUGACCCUGGUUAAAUCGGUCCUUUUCCACAGGCGGAACCCCCUCCAUUUCCAUUUCAUCACCGACUCCAUAGCUCAGCAAAUCCUGUCGUCUCUGUUCCACACCUGGAUGGUUCCUGCUGUCCGGGUCAACUUCUAUGAUGGCGAUGAGCUGAAGUCUGAGGUGUCGUGGAUCCCCAACAAGCAUUAUUCUGGAAUCUACGGUUUAAUGAAGCUGGUGCUCACCAAGACGCUUCCGCCAGAUCUCCAAAAAGUCAUCGUCCUGGACACAGACAUCACAUUCGCCACGGAUAUCGCCGAGUUGUGGGCCGUCUUCCAUAAAUUCAAAGGCCAGCAGGUCCUGGGUCUGGUGGAGAACCAGAGCGACUGGUACCUUGGAAACCUGUGGAAGAACCACCGGCCGUGGCCGGCCCUGGGUCGAGGUUUCAACACCGGGGUGAUUUUGCUGCUCCUGGAUCGACUGCGAAAGCUGCGAUGGGAGCAGAUGUGGAGGUUGACUGCGGAGCGGGAAUUAAUGAGCAUGCUGUCUACUUCGUUGGCAGACCAGGAUAUCUUCAACGCUGUGAUCAAACAAAACCCGUUCCUGGUCCACCAGCUGCCCUGCUUCUGGAACGUUCAGCUGUCUGACCACACCCGCUCCGAGAAGUGCUACAAAGAUGUGUCGGACCUCAAGGUCAUCCACUGGAACUCCCCGAAGAAACUAAGAGUCAAGAACAAGCACGUGGAGUUUUUCCGUAAUCUCUACCUGACCUUCCUGGAGUACGACGGCAACCUGCUGCGCCGGGAGCUGUUCGGCUGUCCCAGCGAGGCCGAUCACAACAGCGAGAAUCUCCAGAAGACGCUUUCCGAGCUGGACGAAGACGACCCGUGCUACGAGUUCCGCCGCGAGCGAUUUACCGUCCACAGAACGCACCUCUACUUCCUCCACUACGAGUACGAAGUCACGCCCGACAACGCGGACGUCACGCUAGUCGCGCAGCUCUCCAUGGACAGACUUCAGAUGUUGGAGGCCAUCUGUAAGCACUGGGAAGGCCCCAUCAGCUUGGCCCUCUACCUGUCCGACGCAGAGGCCCAGCAGUUCCUGCGCUACGCUCAGGGCUCCGAGGUGCUCAUGAGCCGAGGGAACGUGGGCUACCACGUAGUCUACAAAGAGGGACAGUUCUACCCGGUCAACCUUUUGCGAAACGUCGCCAUGCGGCACGUCAACACGCCUUACAUGUUCCUGUCGGACAUCGAUUUCUUGCCCAUGUACGGCCUCUACGACUAUCUCAGGAAGUCGGUUGUGCAGCUCGACAUGGCCAACACCAAGAAAGCACUAGUGGUGCCGGCCUUCGAGACGCUGCGCUAUCGCCUGUCCUACCCGAAAUCGAAAGCCGAGCUGCUUUCUCAGCUGGACAUGGGAACUCUUUUCACCUUCAGGUACCACGUGUGGACCAAAGGCCACGCACCCACGAACUUUGCCAAAUGGCGGACGGCCACCACGCCCUACCGGGUGGAGUGGGAAGCCGACUUCGAGCCGUACGUCAUGGUGAGGCGGGACAGCCCCGAGUACGACCGCCGCUUCGUGGGCUUCGGCUGGAACAAGGUGGCGCACAUCAUGGAGCUGGAUGCGCAGGAAUACGAAUUUGCGGUCCUCCCCAAUGCGUACAUGAUCCACAUGCCCCACGCGCCCAGCUUCGACAUCACCAAGUUCCGCUCCAACAAGCAGUACCGGGUCUGCCUCAAGACCCUCAAGGAGGAGUUCCAGCAGAACAUGUCGCGGCGCUACGGCUUCGCCGCUCUUAAGUACAUGACGGCCGAGAACAACAGCUAGCCACUGCGGGCCCUCGCGUCCCCCGAGCCGUGAGCGACUGUACUGACUCGGUAAGCUAUCGGGGGGGCGCGAGGGUACGAGGCACGGCGCGGAAAAGACGGCCCUCGCGAGGUCAGAGGACCGGACUCGGACCUCCUUCAAAAAUGUCGACCUUAAGUGCGGUGCGUACGGAUCGGAGCUUUCACUGUCGGAUCCGGGAAACAGUCACCUUCCGCUCUGAUGCGGGAGGAAAAAAAGCGACGCGAGCACGCUUGCGAACGUACGUGCAGGUGCGCGCGUGCGCGUCGGGCCUGGAAAUCCAUUAAGUGACAAGUUUGCGCAGCGCGGCCCCCAUCCAAGCGCCACGGCCGCACUCAAAAAAGCAUUUUUGGACCGCGGCGCCGAGACGAAUCGCUCAGCACAGAGACGAUUCAAGCGAGCAGCCGACCGGCCAAUCAGCUGCGGGUACAAAUCACAAUCCGUCCUCCCCACUUCAAAAGGCAAUGAAAAUGUUCACCCAGCGUAAGCGUGCUCCAGUGUCGUGCGUGUGUGAAUAUUUUCUGCCCAAGCCGCUGUGUUCAGUACAAACACAGUUCUGCUACUUUCCUUCCUACUUUUUUCACUCUUGCCUCCAGUUUGAUGACAAAUUAGUACUUAACGACUUACGGCAGUGUUUUUUGGUUUGUUUGUUUUUGAGGGUUUUCCUUUUUUUUUUUCUGCACAUCUCAUGGUUGCUAACGCCCGCACUAGAUGAAAUAAUGAGGUCUGAAGGCAUACAAGCGCAGGAAAAACAAGCCUUUACAUUUGGACAUAAUCUUAUGAGAUCCAAUACAAGGGCUCAAUCAAAGAUUGCGCUUGGAGAUACAUCAUGCUCAGUUUUAAUUAGUUUCUUUACGAAUUGAAUAAAGUUUUUAUUUUUGUGCUGAGAGCAUUUGUUUAUUUUUUUAUUUGGUCUCGCUUCAUGUCAGUUUUGGUUUGAACUGAAUUCAGAGUUGAUUUGAAGCAUAUUUGUCGUUCACUCAAUUUUGUAUUUAAUUUAUACUGCUGUGAAACUAGAGGCCACUGUCUCCCCCUUCUUUUCCUCUCACUCUCCCCCCCCCCCCCCCACCCCCAAAAAAGAGGCGCAGAAGAGCCGUCAUGCAGGUGUGUGUGUUAACGUACAGUAUGUUUUGUGUGCGUGCGUGUGUGCGAUAGAGCGAUUUUGCGUGUGCGCGACGUGGACGGGAGGGCUGACAGAUGCUGCUACCUGAAUAAAGUAAAAUUGUCAAA